UUGGUCGCAUUUUACGACCGACAUCCUCAUCCACGUCGCGUCCAAGCACGUGACCUCCGCCGCCACCUACGCCACCCUCCGCGGCGUGUGCCGGAGUUGGAGAGCCGCGCUCCCCGCCACAGUGCCCGGCCCGCACCGCCUUCCCCCGCAGCUCCCCUUCCUCCUCCUCUUCUUUAGCCGCUGCCGCGCUGAUGAUCCCGCCCACCCCGCCUUUUUCUCCCUCACCAGCAAUCGCACCUUCGCCCUCCGCCACCUCGCCGACGCCCAUGAGAGCGUCUGCAUCGGCUCCUGCUACGGGUGGCUCUUCCUCCUCUUUCCCGAUUUUAACCUUGUCCUCCGCAACCCCGUCACGGGCGACACGAUCCGACUCCCUCCCCUCGACGGCACCAUCGGCCUCGCCUCCCCCGACCCCUUCAUGAGGAAUCUGCUGUUCGAGCACCACUUUUUUAUCCGCCGAGCCAUCUUAUCCUCCGACCCUUCCGCCGACUGCGACUUCUUGGUGGCCCUCUUCGUCGACACAGCAACAUCCCGCUGCUUGACCUGGGGGAGCGGUGACCGCCUCUGGACCAUCCGCGAGCACCCCAA